GGACAGCUUUGUGACCAGUGCAGUUAGGCUGAGCUGUAUCUACUGAGAGCGAAGAUACGUGGCCCGGCCGAGACAGACGGCCCUUUGAGAAGGCCGCCUCCCACCUGCCCAGGCCCCUGGUGGGGCACUGCGCCUUGCCCCCAAGGCCACCUCCAGAGGAGAUAGGGGCCUCCUUCCCCCAAACAUUCCACCCUGGCCAUAUAAGCCAGAGCCAGGCCUCCAAGCCCCCGCACAUCCAUCAUGCAGGGGUCACCUCUCACCAGGCCACCCCUGAUGCUUCUGGCUCUGGGGGCGGCGCUGGGGGCUGAGAUCCCUCGAGAAGAGCCGGCUGCUGGCCCCGGGGCCCUCAUCUUCUCCGAAGGCUGGGUCUGGUCAUCAGGCAGCCCGAGAAACCCUUUGUGCCUGGUGACCCUGAGCAGUGCCAGCAACAGGAGUGGGGGUCCCCUGCAGGUGGUGGGGGGCCUGAGCAGCUACGAGCAGGCCUUCCUGGAGGCUGUGCGAGGCGCUCAGUGGGGACCCCACGACCUGGCCACCUUCGGGGUCUGCAGCUCUGGCCACAUGCAGGCAGCUCUGCCCGCUCUGCAGCGCCUGGGGGCCUGGCUGCAGGAGCCUGAGGGGCAGCGGCUGCUGGUCCUGCACCUGGCGGAAGUGAUGUGGGACCCGACACCCUCGCUGAGGUUCCAGGAGCCCCCACCCGGAGCAGCCAGCCCCCUGGAGCAGGCAGUGCUGGUGCUGUACCCUGGACCUGGCCCCGAAGUCACUGUCACUGGGGCUGGGCUGCCAGCUGCCCAGAGCCUCUGCCCCACCCCGGACACCCGCUAUCUGGUGCUGGUUGUGGACCACCCGGAGAGGGCCUGGGUCGGAGCAGGGCUUGCCCUGACCUUGCAGCCUCGGAAAAACGGUGCUACCCUGAGCACCACCCAGCUGCAGACCCUGAUGUUUGGGCCGGACCCCCGCUGCUUCACGAGGAUGACCCCUGCCCUCCUCCUGCUACCACGAUCCAGGCCUGCGCCCUUGCCCGCGCGCGGCCAGCUGGACACAGCGCCCUUCCCACCGCCUAGGCCUUCCUUAGAGCCCGAGGAGCUGCCACCCCUCGGGGACCCCUUCCUGGAGACCCUCACGCGCCUGGUGCGUGCGCUGCGGGGGGCCCCGGCCCGGUCUUCUCCAAUGCGUCUGGCCCUGGACCCGGGCGCCCUGACCAGUUUCCCGCAGGGCCUGGUCAACCUGUCUGACCCUGCGACGCUGGAACGUCUGCUAGACUUUGACGAGCCUUUUCUGCUACUGACGCCACCCGGUGCAGCCAGUGCCGGGCACCUGGCGCCACUGCAGGGCCCAGCGUCGGCACCCUGGGCCGCAGGCUUGGCGCACCGGGUGGCUGUCGAGCUGCAGGCUGCAGCCGCUGAGCUGCGCGGCCUCCCGGGGCUGCCGCCUGCCGUGCCCCCGCUGCUUGCGCGCCUGCUUGCUCUGUGCCCGGGUGACCCCAGCGACCCUGGCAGCCCUCCGGGAAACCCACUUCGCUCCCUACUGCUUCUCAAGGCGCUGCAGAGCCUGCGCAGGGAGUGGCGCGGGCGGGACGGGCGCGGGGCUGCUCGGGCGCAGCGCAGCGCCUCGGCGGAGGGGCCGUGCGCGCUGCGCGAGCUCAGCGUGGACCUGCGCGCCGAGCGCUCCGUGCUCAUCCCCGAGACCUACCAAGCCAACAACUGCCAGGGCGCCUGCGGCUGGCCACAGUCCGACCGCAACCCGCACUACGGCAACCACGUGGUGCUGCUGUUGAAGAUGCAGGCCCGCGGGGCGGUCCUGGCGCGCGCGCCCUGCUGUGUGCCCACGGCCUACGCGGGCAAGCUCCUCAUCAGCCUGUCUGAGGAACGCAUCAGCGCGCACCACGUGCCCAACAUGGUGGCCACCGAGUGCGGCUGCCGGUGACCUUCGCCACCGCCGCGGAGGAGCCCUUCCUGUUUAUUCAGACGCAGGCAUUUCCCAAUAAAGACCAGGAG